GUGCAGGUAAAUGUCCUCGGGCUGUGGCGAUGGCGUCCACAACUGUGGCCACGGAGCUGGUGUCUUCCGUGGCCGCAGUUCCGCUAUUCGUUUCGUUACUAUUGCAGAACCGCCGCCACUCUUCUCCUCUAACAAUCUCCCGAACGAUUCCCGUUCUCGAAUUUAAGUCUUUUGAACGCGAUCCUUCUCUUCUUUCGACCUUUGUUUAGCGCUUCGUUAGGGUUGGCUGCUCAUUUGCUAAUCGCUCCUUUUCUCUGUUUAGCUCAACUUCGCUUUCGGAUCCUUUGGGACGGGUGUUUAGAAGCGGUGGCAGGUGUGUCGUGGUUGAACAUGUGGUGGAUUUUAGAUGGUGCCGGUGCAUUGCAUUUCGUAAGUGAGAUGGUGAAGAGUGCGUGAGUGUGUGAAGGUUUUAUUAUCGGAAGGGAGAGAAAGGGGUGAGAGUGGUGGUAGAAAGAUUCAAGUGUGAGAGAUAUCACAUUGCAUAUAUGUGAAAUGGCCGCGUGUCGUCGGAGUUCUCGGUUAGCUCCACUUGUGUCUCAAAAGCUUGCCGCUCCAUGUGAUGUCUCGAAGAAAUUGUUGCUCCCGACGACUGUGAAGGUGGAACCCUGCGUAUCGCUCCAGGAAGCACGUGCUCAAGGGGUGAAAGAUUCCUUAUCGUCUAGUUCUUUGAGAAAUUGUAAAAUUGGCCGUAAAAAGGAGACAGUAUCCCGCACAAAGUUUGUUGAUCAGGCUCCACCUAGGAAAUUGGAUAAGAUUACGGGUUCAUUCAAAGUGGUUAAGCAGGAAGUAUGUCAAGUAGACAAAAACAUUGGACCUGAGCCACCACAUUUGCCGGGUCUACGACAAACUAGGAAGGUGAAAAGUGAAGAUGUGGAAGCGACGGACGAUAUAAAGAUUUAUGUUUCAAGAGCAAGAAAGAAGAAGCUCAAAACUGAGGGAACACCAUUGGAUGGGUCAAAUGUCUGUCCGGGUAACAAUAAGGAAAUGAAGAGGGAUAGCUCAGAUGCAGCUACUUUGGUGACGGCGAAAGAAGAAACUUGCUCUGCCGACAAAGUUGAAACAAGCAAAGAGAUCACUUCGUUGGCAAUAGUGCCAUCAUCUAAUCUCAGUGGUCAAGCAGUGGAACUGGCAGUGACAUCAGGUAGUCCUUAUCCGGAUUUCGCUAGACCUUACCCUGAGGAGUGUUACGAGGUGAGGAACCGCUUGAGUCAGCUUCACGGGACAGGUUCAUAUGCGCGCGGUAAAUCGUGUCCGACGAUCGAUCCACUGCAGGUUCUUGCCUUGGAAUAUCAUUCUGAAGAGGUCACAGCUGCAGAUACAGCCGGAGCACUUGUAGUUUCUGAGGUGGAGGAACAAAAAAGAGAGGAUGAACAUGAGGACAGAACUUUGACAGGAUGCCCAUCAGUGCGGCGCACAGUGCUAGAUUCCUUGGUGGGGACAAUCUUAUCCCAGAACACUACUGAUAACAAUUCUAGAAAAGCAUUUGCUUCUCUGAAGCAAGCAUUUCCAACUUGGGAAGAGGUUCACGCAGCAGAUCCAAAAAAGGUUGAGGAUGCAAUCCGAUGUGGAGGUUUAGCGGAGACCAAAGCAAAACGAAUAAUCAACAUAUUGGACACUAUAUUCACAGAGCGCGGUUCGAUUUGCCUGGAGUACGUCCGAAGCAUGAACGUUGAUCAGAUCAAAGCAGAACUUUCUCGUUUCAAGGGCGUCGGGCCUAAGACGGUAGCCUGUGUGUUGAUGUUCCAUUUGGAGCAGAACGAAUUUCCUGUGGAUACUCAUGUAUUCAGAUUGUCCAAGAUGUUGGGUUGGGUUCCUGCCAGCGCAGACAGGGAGAAAACAUACCUUCACAUGAACAGCAGAGUUCCUGACGAGGUCAAGUACGACUUACACUGUCUAUUGGUCACUCACGGCAAGAGAUGUCCUCGAUGCGCUAAAGGAGGUCGUGCACAAACAGCACCUGAUGGCCCAUGUCCACUGAUCAACUGGAGCCCCCAAAUGGCGCUUCGAAGUAGUGGCGACGUUAAAUUACUCAAAGGGGAAUAUUAGCCAAUGUUUCACCGAUGUCCAUACACCACACCUGAACCUACAUUUCACUCUGGAAGUUUUGGUCACUAGAGAAUUCAAAAUAAUUCUUGAAAGCAGUGACCUCAAUGAUUUCCUAGGAGUAGAUGUGACGAAUGUUUCACACUUUUAUGCCUGGGCACUCUUAUUACUUCGACCAGACCUAGGAGAACGAUUUUAAAAAUCAUAAUCGUGUUUACCAUUACUUCAAAAAUAGAUUUUGAAUUCCGAAUGGAGUCGGAAUAUUGUAUUUACGAGUUUAUUGGUUAUCUGAAUGGAGCGUUAACAGACAAUUCAACAAAACAUGGGGUAGAAAGAUCACGAAUUUUAUUAAUGUCAAGGCAAAGGUAGAACAACUUUUUACGUCGAAGGUGUGUUAAAAUGUAGGAGAUUAGAUUGUGUUACCUUGGUGAUUACUAAAACAAUGAUCCCUUAUUAGAUUGUAACUUA